AUGCGACGAGCAUCCUACGUGACAGAUAGGAUGGACCCAAGGGACACGCCAGAACUGGUUAGAACCGUAGAGACGAAUGUCCGCACUUGUCGAGCGUUCCCACGUGGGAAAUCGCCUGACUGCUUAAGUGAACAGGGACAGAAGAAUGCCACAGAUGCGAUCGAACAGAAUGCGAUGGCCUUGUACGCCAUUGAGAAAUAA